AUCAUAACAAAUCAAAACGCGAAACGCGAGAGUUGUUUUAUUCCGAAGUAUAAAAAAACUAAUAUUGAUAUUAAAAUAUUGAAAAAUAUACUAUUGAUUUAUUUAACUACCAUCACAACAUCAACGGCUAGUACAUCAUUUUACGACACGACGGGCUGGAAUUAGUGCCGCUCGUAAACGCAUCGCGUAUUUUUUUUAUUGAUUCGUCGGCAGCGAGAGUCCUCGUCAUAAUGCAAAUCAAAAACACUCGGUCUAAAUAAAUAAAGAGACUAGCUAAUAUUUAGUUAAUAUUGCAAGUGCAGUUCUGUUUCUGAAGGGUGUGUGUGCGAUUACGGAGUUCGGAAAAUACGCAAACUGACAUUGUAACUGUGUCCUGUGGAACCAUGCAUGUGUGUGUAGGUGAGCGGUAAAAAGAAGAAAAAAAGUUAAUUUUCGCGGGAAGAAAAAGAUGUAGAACACACUCAAGGCCAGGCCACGGAAGCUCAGCAGCGAGAUCUUUCCUUGGAAUCCCAGUGAGGGACAAAGAUUUGAACCCAACUCUUCAGGAUGUCGUUUAAGCUCUUUCGCCGCGGCUCAGCUCGCUGCAUUGGCCUGCUGUCGGCGUUUGUGACAAUCCUACUCUGCCUCUACUACAUCUCCAUUGGUCAGCCCAAUCCGGCGCCCGUUUCCGAAACCGGAGUACCCACGGCUGCGUUACGGGGAUCGCCUUUGAAUGGCCUCAUUGGUUUCAAUGUGGGCGGUGGUUCGCCCUCGAUCAUCCACCAACAGCAGCUACAGAAACUGCAUGCGGCCGUUGUCUCGAACCAGAAGAGAUUCCCGGAGCAAGCGGACGUAACCAGGGAGUUGCCAUCCGAGGAGCCGCAGUACUCCAACAGCCAGUGGGGCGACAAGUGCUACGAGCUGAUCGAAAGUAACACGAACAUUACGGCGAACCAGGAGCACAGCAAGUUCGAUUUCCAGCCGGAGUGGAUGCGCUCGAAGGAGUACUGGGAUCGUGGCUUCGAGGAGCGUUUUGAUGCUCAGAAGAAGGACAAGCAGCGGCCUCCGCUGAAGAUAAUCGUGGUGCCACACUCCCACAAUGAUCCUGGCUGGCUGAAGACCUUCACCAACUACUUCCAGUCGGAUUCGCGGCAGAUCCUGAACCUCCUGGUGACCAAAAUGCAGGAGUACACGGACAUGACAUUCAUCUGGUCGGAGAUCAGUUUCCUGCAGCUGUGGUGGGACCAGGCACAUCCCACCAAGCAGCGAGCUCUGAAGCGGCUAAUCGAUUCGGGACGCAUCGAAAUUACCACCGGCGGCUGGGUAAUGACAGAUGAGGCAAAUGUCCAUGUUUAUCCCAUGUUGGAUCAGUUGAUCGAGGGCCAUCAGUGGCUGAAGAACAACCUGAAUGUUACCCCGAAGGUGGGCUGGUCCAUUGACCCCUUCGGGCAUGGCAGCACGGUGCCGUAUCUGCUUUCUGGAGCUAACUUCGAGGGAGCCAUUAUCCAGAGGAUUCAUUAUGCUUGGAAGCAGUGGUUCGCCCGGCAGCAGUCGGGUGACUUCAUCUGGAAGCCAUAUUGGAGGAGUAAAAGCGGAAAGCCUAGUGAAACUGGUUCCCUGCUCACCCACAACAUGCCCUUCGAUAUUUACUCGAUCAAGGGAUCAUGCGGACCCCAUCCAUUCAUCUGCCUGAACUUUGACUUCCGCAAGAUCCCUGGCGAGUACACCGAGUACUCUGUGAAGGCGCAGUUCAUAACCGAUGACAAUCUGGAAGCCAAGGCACAACUCCUCCUGGAGCAGUACGCCCGGACUGCCUCGCUCUUUCCGCACAAUGUGGCUCUUAUUCCGGUGGGCGAUGAUUUCCGCUACAACAAAGAGCGUGAAGUGGACCAGCAGUAUCAGAACUACAAGAAGCUAAUUGAUCACAUCAUGGCCAAUCGGCGGCUGUACAACGCUGAUAUCCGCUUCGGCACGCCCAGUGAUUACUUCGAGGCCAUCAAGGAGCGCAUGAAGGAUCACAGUCCUGGUUUCCCGAGCUUCAAGGGCGACUUCUUCGUUUACUCGGACAUAUUCUCGGAAGGCAGGCCGGCCUAUUGGUCGGGAUACUUCACCACCCGUCCCUUUUACAAGCUAUUGAGCUCUGAGCUGGAGCACCACCUGCGUUCUGCCGAGAUUCUCUUCACGCUGGCCUACAACACUGCUCGUCAGGCGAAGCAUGAGAAUGCGAUUAAGAUCUACGAGAAGAACUACGAGCUCAUCAUUAAUGCCAGGCGUAAUCUGGGUCUAUUCCAGCACCACGAUGCCAUCACUGGAACCUCCAAGGCUGCGGUUAUGCGCGACUAUGCCAUGCGUCUGUUCGAGAGCACCCAGAACAUGGUCAAGAUGCAGGAAUCCUGCCUGGAGCUGCUGCUCCAAAAGGGUCAGCCUCGCCACCAUGGCUUCGUGCUUAGUGAAUUCGAACGCGAUAACUUUAAUAAGCUGCCACGAAAGAUGCCCAUUCAGAUGGUCAACGGAGAUGAUUCCACUCCUACAGCUUCGGCAAGAGGAACUGGAGCGGGUGGUGCAGCUUCUACCGGAUCUGUGGGAAGCUUUGUGCUCUACAACUCCCUGGCCCAGAAGCGCAUCGAGAUUGUCACACUGCGGGUGCAGCAUCCCAAUGUUAAGAUCCUCAAUGAUAAGGGUGUGGAGCUAAAUCACAUCCAGAUCAAUCCGGUGUGGAACAUCACCGAGUCCUACGAGCAGGAAGUGGGCACAUCCGUCUCCGGAACGAUGGGACGCAUUCGCACCUCAACCCGCCAAUUCGAGGUGAUGUUUGUAGCCGAGUUGGAGCCGUUGUCUCUUACCACGUAUCGCGUCCAUGUUGAUGAGGUCAACUACAAGCGGAACAUUGCGACCAUUUAUUGUGAUGAGUGCACGGAGCCGGCGGCUGCGGCAGCGCCAGGCUCCAGUCCGCCGGGAGAAAUUGAAACCCCCCCAACUCCAGUGUUUGAGGCGCGUGCCAAGCCUGCGGGCGACAUCCAACUGGAGAAUCCGCACAUGCGCCUGCUAUUCGACGAGAAGAGCGGCUUUCUCAAGACCAUCACGCGCAAGAACCAGAAGAAGGAGCUUCUGAAGCCGAUGCAGUGCAAUAUCAAGUUCGCUGCCUAUCGCAGUGCCCAGUUCCAUUCGGGUGCAUAUCUCUUCAAGACGGAUCCCGAGCAGAGUGAGGCCGAGAAGGAAGUGCUUGAGGGCUACACGGACGUGCGCAUUAUUAUCACCUCGGGACCGAUUGCCAGCGACGUCACCGUCAUCUAUGGUCCCUUCCUGGCCCAUACGGUGCGCAUUUUUAACACAAGAACCCACCUGGAUGCUGCUAUAUAUGUCGAAAACGAUAUUGACUUCGAGCCACCACCAAAGAACCGGGAGACAGAGCUGUUUAUGCGACUGAUCACCAACAUAGACAAUAUUGCUCAAGCGCCCAUGCAGCGUGAUCCACUUAAGGAGCCGGCGGAGACGGGACCCAUGCCCGAGCUGCCGAUCUUCUACAGCGAUCAGAACGGUUUUCAGUAUCAUGAACGCAUCAAAGUGCCCGCCAUUGGCAUCGAGGGCAACUAUUUCCCCAUAACCUCGGGCGCCUUCAUCCAGGAUACACGUCUCCGUCUAACCCUGCUUACCACUCACGCUCAGGGCGCAGCCAGCUACGAGCCCGGUCAGCUGGAGGUCAUGCUGGACCGGCGCACGUUGUACGACGACUAUCGUGGCAUGGGCGAAGGCGUUGUGGACAGCCGGUUGACGCGGCACAAGUUCUGGCUUCUGGUGGAGGAUCUGCCAAGUGGUCAGCAACCUAUCCAGCCACCCAGCUACAAGGUUCUCAGCCAACAGGCCCAGCAUCUGGCCAACGCCUUACGCUACCCGCCAAAUCUUUACUUUUUAAGUAACCUUGACCAACCGGAACUGGCCCCGGCGCUGCUGCCUCUGGUCAGGCUUCUACCGAAGGGAGCGUUGCCCUGUGACGUGCACUUGACCACCCUGCGCACCCUCUCCGAUCCAGAGCUGCAGCUGUUUCCGUCCGCCUCUGCCUUGCUGGUGCUGCACCGGCAAGGGUUUGAUUGCGGCGUGAGCGCUGGCAAGGAAUUGGGUAUACAGGCUGUAUGCCCGCUAUCCAGCAAGGGUUUGGGAAACGUGCAGCUAGGUCAGCUGAGCUUGAUCACUAUCGAAGCCACCAGCCUGACGGGGAUGGAAAAGAAGCCGUCCACGGAUAGCCUACGCUUACGCUCGCUGGCUGAGGUCAGUUUGGAGCCGAUGGAGCUGCGCACCUUCAACCUCACAUUCCGGGCAGAAGUGUGAGGAGGCAAUUACGAUGGCAUAUUUAGCUGAAAUAUUUAUUGUAUUUAUUUGUGGCUUAGCUCUAAUUUAUUAGUGUUAAGCGCCAAGUGCAAAGUUCUUAGCUUUAUUUAGUUCUCGUCACGUCUACUACUGUCUGUCUGCAACAGUUUUGAAAGUACAAAGCACACGACGUAUACAUAGAAUAGGGUGGGUAGAUUUUGUAUAUUUUUGUUUGUUUGUUUAAAUAAUCCGGAAGGAUAAGGAUUGAGGAUAGAGAAAGAGGUGAAAUGCUGAUAAGCUUCCUUCCAUUAUAAUUUUAUUUUUGAAAUCUUUCAUACCCACCCACCCAAGCAUACAGAAAGACAAGCCCAAAUGGCAGCCCGACUCCAUGCAAUCAAUGCCCAAAGACAACCACUUGACUGCUGAGGGCCAAUCUUACCAAGCUUCAUAUUAUAUUUACCUUAACUUGUGCAAUAAUAUAAUGAUCUUGAACUAUACUUGAAACAAUGGAAAUGAUGAUGCAGCUAUUAGCCUAAGGAUUAGCUUGAUUAUUUUAGAUUGAAAUAUUUAGACAGCAAACUAGACAAAUUUUCGUUCUCGUUUGCGCGUUAUGCGUUCGCAUCGAUUUUUUUAGACUGAUUAGCCUAAAAGCUAUUGCAAAAUUGGCUCGUACAUAUUAUAAAUCUCAUUCGCUCUAACACCGAUCCUAACCCUUAUCUGAAACUAACCCAAAACCAAGUAUAUAGCGAUUGUAAAACCUUAAAUAGGCUAUAAGUUUUAAAUGAGCAGACGUAGCAAUGGGGUAGGAAAAAUAUAAGCCAAAUAUUACAUUACAUUCACUAGCAAUAUUGUACAUAGUCGAAUAGGAUUUCCAGGCACGGUAUAUAUAGAAAUAUAUUAAAUAGCUCCACCUAGACAUAAGUCCCCAUCUCAACUCUCUGGUAUAACCUUGUAUACGAGGGUCAAAUAGUUACUACUGAUGACUACUUACAGAAUCAGACAUAAACAUUCAAAGCGAGCAAGACAAACACUUUAGAAAACCCGUAAAGUAGGAAAAGAAAGCAGCAAUGGAUAGAACGGAUUUGUGUAUUUAUUUAUAAAGAAUCGUAUUACAUUUA